GAAGAAGCAGAAAUCCGGCAACUCUAAAGCGGAAGUAAGUACGUGGCCGGACCAGCUGACGUUUCUACACGAUGGCGACUGAGGUUCAGAGCGGCGACCUCAACGGUGGAAAUGCGAGCCGUCUCGAAGUUUCCAUCGACGGCUUGACACUGAGCCCGGAUUCUGAGGGAGAAGCGGAUCACACGGACGCUGUCGGGCCGCAUACAGACACCCACAGCGACCCGGAGCCGAGUCCCGAUGCACCGGGCGACGGGGAGCAAAAUACCGAGAGCUCCGUGGAGAUGAUAUGGGGCUUUCCUUUAUUGGAGCUCUACGGCCUGGCGCUCAAAUUCUUUAAAGAAAAAGAUGGAAAGGCCUUCCACCCAACAUAUGAGGAGAAGCUGCGUCUGGUGGCUCUCCAUAAGCAGGUGUCUCAGGGACCCUACAAUCCAGACGCCUCCCCUGAAGUGGGUUUCUUCGACGUGCUGGGAAAUGACCGCAGAAAAGAAUGGGCGUCGUUGGGGAACCUUGGGAAGGAAGAGGCCAUGGUGGAAUUUGUCAAGCUGUUAAAUAAAUGCUGUACUUUAUUUGCACCGUUUGUCGCAUCUCACAAGAUCGAAAAAGAGGAGCAAGAGAAGAAGAGGAUUGAGGAAGAGGAGCAGCUACGCCGAGAGAGAGAGGAGCUGGAGCGUCAGUUGCAGGAGGAGGAGCGACGCCGGAGGGAGGAGGAGGAGAGACUGAGGAGGGAAGAGGAACAGAGGAGGCAGGUUGAGGAGGAGCGACUCCGUGUAGAGCAGCAGAAGCAGCAGAUCAUGGCUGCAUUAAAUGCACAGACAGCCGUGCAGUUUCAGCAGUAUGCGGCGCAGCAGUACCCAGACAGUCCCGAACAGCAGCUCAUUCUCAUCCGGCAGCUGCAGGAACAGCACUACCAGCAGUACAUGCAGCAGCUCUACCAGGUGCAGCUGGCCCAGCAGCAGGCAGCUCUGCAAAAACACCAGGAAGACUCUAUAGUUUUCUCCAAGUUAGAGGCGAGCGAGACGUCGGCCUCCCCCGUCGGUGACGAGACUCCCACGGUGAACGGCCAGGCAGAGUCGUCCAUUGACAGCAUAGAUCGAGAGCCAGAGCUGGAGCCUGCAGAGGAGGUCACUGAGAACGGCCCAACAGACUCUCCCCCAGUGAUAGCAGCCCCCUCUAUGUGGACACGGCCGCAGAUCAAAGACUUUAAGGAGAAGAUUCGCCAGGACGUGGACUCCGUGAUCACGGUGGGACGAGGGGAAGUGGUCACCGUUAGGGUCCCCACUCACGAGGAGGGCUCCUAUCUCUUCUGGGAAUUUGCCACAGACCAUUAUGAUAUCGGGUUCGGUGUCUUCUUCGAAUGGACUGACACCACCAAUGCCUCAGUCAGCGUGCACGUCAGUGAGUCCAGUGACGAAGACGAGGAUGAGGACGAGCCUCAGAGUGAGGAGGAAAAGGCCAAGAAGGAGGCGGGGAAACCUCAAGUGGAUGAGAUCGUGCCGGUUUACCGGAGGGACUGCCAUGAGGAGGUAUACGCGGGGAGUCACCAGUACCCUGGUCGUGGCAUCUACCUACUCAAAUUUGACAACUCGUACUCCCUCUGGAGGUCAAAGAGUGUCUAUUACAGAGUCUACUACACUAGAUAAGCCUGGGAUCAAGACUAUGGAGCAAAAGUGUGUGUUGUGUGUGUGUCUCUGUGUGUGUGUGUGUGUGUGUGCACACGCAUGCGUGAAUGUGCAUAUGUGUAUGGGGUGCGUCUCGUUCUGUUCGAGUUUAGGACGAUUGGCCUCUGAUGUAUCCGUGGCACCUCUGUUUUGCACUCUGAAAGGCGUGCUCUAGGAUUCUGUGCUUGUCAAUGGUAUUGUCUUCUGUUCACAGUGUGAGUCCAUGUUCUAAUGUCAUCUAAAGAGGUGCUUUGGCCACUAAGAGAGCUGUUUGUGUUCAUUCAAAAUGACCCAUCUACUCGAUAUCUAGGGAGUAUGGUUAUAAAUUAGACGAGUCUUUUGUGGGAAUUAAUGAAUUAAUGCUGCUUUUCUGCCUUUUUUUUUUUUUUUGCUUGGACCAAUGCUUUUAUUUCCUUACUUUAUUUCUUAGAAAGCCCACAUGAUUUCUAGCACCACUCUAUUGCAGGAUGCUUCCUGGGAGCUGUUUAUUAAAGUGGCCUCAUGGCUGUUUGAAUAUUCAUUUCUGUAUAGUAUUUUUCAAAAGCAAGCCCUUCAUCUUCUUAGUGAAAAUGUCUCUCAUUCAGUUCUUUUUUUAUGUAUCGGUGCAUAUUCCAAAGUUUUCAUAUGCUACAUUACUGAAAAUGUAAAUAAUAACAUGCACUGAUGAUGAUGAUGAUGAUGAUUAUUAGUAGUUACUGAACACUUGCAAUAAGUCAGGCCUUUAUUUAGAGCAAGUUCAAAUUCAGGACAAAAAUCUAGUUGAUAUUAAUAUUCGAUAAUUAGUUAUUAGUGCGAUAUCUUGUGUAACAAAUUCUCUUGCAGUAUAAUAUCUAAGAGGAAAUCAUCCCGGUGGGUGUUUACGUGUACACAUACGUGCUUGAUAUAUUAACAGCAUAAUAUACGAGCAGGCAUGUCGGGAAGUAAAUGUAACGUCACCUCACCUUUUUACCAGUUACACUUUUUUCUAAGUUAUUUUCUAUUAACUUAAUCAUUCUGAUCUGAUUCUCAAUUGAAGACGUAGUUCACGUGCUGAUUCGAUUUUUAUUUGAUUUUACAGUUCUUCCGUGUCAGUACAGCCUCGUGUACGUUCUAAUGAUAUUUUAGUAAGGUUUAAUAUCAUCACCAUUAUCAUUACCACCAUGUGAGCAGUACAAUGAGGCUCCUUUUAGUGGAAAUAAAUGUGCUCUGGCUUUCUAAAACACUGGUCCAGGUGGUUGUAGAAAAGCAGCAACUUCCUCUUUUAGGUGAGCACUGGAACAUCUGCCAGCUGUCUACACAUCUGUAAUAGUAAUAAUGCAUCACAUAUCAGCGUACAGUACAGGUUUGAUCCAGGACACAAUAAACCAGUGAUACAUGACUUUUCUACUGAGAAGGUUGGGGAGUAAUGAAUGUGAGGAUUAAACAGAUAUAUAACUUGCAAAGAAAAAGAAUUGUUUUUGCUUAAAGUGGUUGGAUUGUGUGUAAAGCGUUUCAUAAAUAUUUAUUAAUCUGCCUUGUAGAUUAGGGUCCUUGAUGUCUGUCAUAUUACAUAGAAUAUCACCCAACUCUUCACUCUUCUGCUUCUGAUUGAGCUUCUCAUCUCUUUAACUGGUCACUUUCAUCAUUUGUAGGGUUUUGUUUUUUUUUUUUUUUGGUUGAUGUUUUUUCCAGAAUUCUGGGUUCUGUAAGCAACACUCGUGGCAUAACUGUGUUCACUCUGUGUUUUGUUUUUUUCUUUGGUCUGUCAUUGUUACAAUUUAAAGCGCAUAGAUAUAUAAAGCCACAAAAUCUAAAACAAAGUAAAUUCCUGGUCUGAUACGUUACACGGACACUUAUCUUUAUUACCAAAUAACCAUUGUGUGUUUUUUUGUCUUAUUACUGUGGCUGCCAGACUAAUUACAAGAAGAAACGGCUGAAUCUGUGAGCGCUUUGACUGUUUCUGCUUUUUAUUGGUCGCUGGCAGUUUUGAAAAGCAUUUCCAGAGAGCAUUGCUGUAAACUCAUCCAUUUAUGUGCUCAAUUCUGAGCUGUCACUUAAAAUGGCUGUCCUUUAACAUGGUAAAAUGUUGUAACACACAACAACAUCCGUCAUCGGUUUAAUUGAAAUAUGAAAUCAUUUUUUUUCCUCCUGAAUGAUUUAUCCAUCAUGUUUGUGAGUAUAUUUAUAUAAUGAAUGAAUGAGUGCAAAAAAAAAAAAGAGCCUGUGCACAGUGCUGUCCAGAGCAGUGAUGAGAGAUUGACACCCGGCAGCAGCCCAACAUCAUUACAGUUAACAGUAAAAUGUGUACAGAGGUUUUUUUUUUUGUUCCUAAUUUUAUUUCUCUGUGUUUUUAUUUUCCAUCUGCUAAGUCAGGCCUUUGUAAAGUGGAAUGUAACCGAGAGCCUGAUCUUGGACUAAGGACUUUUGUGAAGAAAGAUGGAAAUGUGGUGAAUAUCAUAUUGUACAUUUUCUCGCAUUUGCAAAGUGAAAAAUCAAUGUAAAUUUCAUACCACGAAUACAUGAAGUAACUGGAGAGGGUUUUUCUUUUUUUCUUUUGCAUUGAUUGUCAUGGAUGAGUUCAGGGAUGACUUUCCUUGAGAAUCAUAUUUAAUCUUGAUUAAACCCAAGUUCAUCUGUA